AGAAGGAAUAUGAACUUGUGCUUGAACUUGCUUCUGUGAUGUCCGGUGUAUUUUCGGACGAAAGCCAGAGGGCAGAUGCUUUCAGAUGUUGGCUUGAAUUAUUUUUUGAUAAUGAAAUAGGAAUUCGACCAGAAGAAUCAAAUGAAGCCCACCAAAGUUCACGAAUUGGUGAACGAAGGACAGAUGGAAUCCUUUUGCUAAACUUAGAAGUUAAACCUGAACCUGGUACAAAUGGCGAUUGUUAUAUUCAGAACGAUGCCUACUACAAAGAAUUUGUAAUCAAGUCCCGACCAAAUAUAUCGAUAUCCGGUGCUGUUUGUGCCCCUUUCAUUGUUUGCGAUCGUCUUACAGACAUUUAUCCACUGGAUAUAAUUACUUACGAUAAUGCUAAAGCAGAUGAUGUUGCACGAGUAUUUCUGGCCUUAAAAAAUUCUAUACAUCUAUUAAAAGAUUACUAUAAUUCCGUUUAUGAGUCGAGAGAAAUCCCUUGCAAAACUAGCCCUUGGUUUCCACGCAUCAAUAAUAUUGAUUUGGAAGAAGGAACGGCCACCAUUAAAUAUAAGGAGAAGCAUUCUAUAUAUCGAAAUUUAUGGGUUGUAGAAAUCCAGACCGAAAAUACGCAAGAGAAAGAUCUUCGUGAUGAAAACAUCAUGGCCAAAUACAAAAAUGGUGAAAUUGAUAUAAAAUUUGUAGAUUUUGAUUGGGCGGGAAGAGAAGGAGAGGCAAAGUAUCCCGAAA